AUGUUCGCAGAAGAACUGGCCUCACUACGCCGACAAGGCCUACGAUCGAUCCUCUUCCAAGUUCUCAACUUUGUCUCGGUCGUAUCAACAGCCUUGGCAAUGUGGAAAGGGCUUUCCGUCCUCACCGACACUGAAUCCCCCGUAGUUGUAGUCCUCUCUGGCUCCAUGGAACCUGCAUUCUACCGAGGUGACAUUCUCUUCCUCUCGAUGCCGAGUGGACCACUUAAAGUCGGCGAUAUCCCCGUAUACAAGGUGCCAGGAGCAGACAUUCCGAUCGUACAUCGUAUCAUCGAAACGCACGACGCACCCAAUGGUGAACAACUCAUUAUGACCAAAGGCGAUAACAAUGACAGCGACGAUAUUGCUCUGUAUAACGGUGCGAGAUGGAUGAGGAGGUCGAACAUGGUCGGCAAGGUUAGAGGGUACGUGCCAUAUGUGGGUUAUUUGACAAUCGCACUCAACGACUAUCCCAAGCUCAAAUACCUUCUUUUGGGCAUCAUGGGCCUGUCGCUGCUUUUCCAGAAAGAGUAG